CGUAAUAAAGUGUUUUAAGUGUUUCCCAGCGAGAUAUAUUCAGUUGCUGGUCACUGCAAGGCCAUUGGCCCAACAGUCUCCGCUGCUGGCCCUGGGCGUUAAUACCUUUGACCUGCUGAUCCAGCUGGCGAGGGGGGGGCGUACACCCCUCACUACAGCUUGCAGUCACCCGCCUCACUUGUGCCUUCCUGAAGGAGGCAGGGCAGCCACCAAGCCUGUGGUUGGCUCACAGGAAGCCCCCAGAACAUAAAAGUGAUGAUGCAGCGGCAUCAUUGCAGCCCUAGAGAGGAAAAGGAACAUGGCUGAAGACUUGGUUAAAAGAUUAGUCAAAUAUAGGGUUGAAACAGAUUUUUAAAGUGUUCACAGCAAUUCGGCUUUCAUUUGUAAACAAAGAGCAGACAGCUAGGAAGAUGACACCAGCAGCGGCAGGCGGCGACAGGCAGUGUGACACCGUAGCCCUCCGCUCUGCCUGACAUGUGCUGCGUGCCACGCAACCAAACUCAAGUGGAACAUGCACUGUUACAUGUACCAGAUUAUCGGACACGCCUAACAGGUGUGGCGCCAUUCGUAAAGCAACAAAACUGCUUGUCUUGAAAGAAAGUCCAGUGACAGAGACAACCUUGGCCAGUGUUGUGUUUCGCUUCCUGACAGGGCAAGAGAUUGUGACCAGGAAUUUGUCCAGCUUCCUCUUUGCCUUGGAAAGUGCAUUCCUGGCUGAGUGUGGUGCGUGUGCCUGCUACUUGUGUGGUGGUGCUGCUGCUGUGUGAAGCCUCUGCCGUGGGAACCCACCACAAAUAGCUAAUGGAUUCUGUAUGACGGGAUCAGCAGCAGACAGAAUUCCAGUGAUGUAUUAACAUGCCUAGGCUUCAGUGAGGACCAGUUCAGCUACUUCAAUCCCUCAUAAGGCAAUUAGGUGUUCUUGGUGAAUAAGGAGGAGGAGAUUGAAUGCAGAGUGAUUACCUACCUGACCACCAAGGAUAGGAUUGCCUGCGCCAGUGGGUGAAUUGCGGCAGUGCAGUGCAGACUCCAAGGCUCCCCGAGUGUACAACAUUGUUGUGUGUGUGGAUGGGGUGUCUGUGCCAGACUCCUCACACUCUGUAUUGGCUCUCUUUUGGAUCUUCAUGGCAGUUUCCACAACAGCAAACACUGCAAGCUUGACCACACUGAUCUUGUCUCCAGUGAAGCUAAGAGUGGGAAUGUUUUUACCAAGGCCUUUGUUGGAGGCGUCCCCUGUGAUAUAGUGGACGACAACCUGGAGCUCUGUGACACACUGACAAGGGAGAAGGUUACUUGUCGCUCCAAGGCUAAGCUGGUCGGCCCCAUGAAUGUCACUGUCUGCGUUACCGGAAGAGGCGCGUCUGAAGUGACCAAGAUAGGAAGGUACUUGGACUCCCAGGACAGGCUGUACCAGUUCCUCACAUAUGCUGUGAUGUGCUGAGUUGGGCAGGAAUAUGAGAUGUAAGCAUUGUUGACCACUCAUGCUUGCCCACCCCGCUGAUUGACAACCUUGGUGAACUUUGGAUUUUUGAAAGCCAUCACUAGCAGACCUCUUGGGUGGUUUCCAAGACCCCAGCUUGGCCUUCAAGACACUUAACCAUACCAGGGUCUUCCUCCAGCAGCUCACCAGAAUAUAACUGGAUAACUUGCCUGCUGCCAGCACCUCCAGGCCUCUAGAGGUUGUGGCAUCACAGCCUGCACAGCCCCUCAAAUCCUCAACAAGAACAAGAACACAACAGGGUAGUGGGAGUGAUGGCUUCAAGACACACUGCCACUGUACAGGGCAGCUGUUACUCUUGUACAUCAUGUGCUGCUUACAAGACUGUGCCUAAAAAUCUGAGAGGAAAAAGUAAAAGCUCACAGGACUGGUUGACGAGACAGCUAAAUGACCCUUAUGUGAAGUUGACCAAGCAACAUCAGCGCAGACAUUGUCCAUGAUGCUUCCUGUGUUGUGGUUCCAUCAUGGCAGGCAUGGAAGUGCCUCUCACUGCAUCACCGCCUCAUGAUCAUUGAGAGCAUGGACACAGACACUGAGGCCCUAGUGGGUACGUGGACCUCCUCAAUGGACAGAUGGACAGAGGCUGGUGUGCUGGCUACAUGUAUCAGGAGCAAAUCUCAACCUUCUUCUCCGUUGUGGCAACAGGGAUGACAUAUGAGAUGGCCAUGACCAGCAUGCCCCUUCAGGUGCUGCGUCUGCACCUGCCACACAGUCCAUCCUCUGAGGCCGUUGUCCUGCUCAUCUUCCCAAAGCCUCAGCAUUAUGACACCUAUGUGGAUGGUGUCUUUGUUCCCCCAGCCAACCUCAACACCUCUGCAGCCGGCUACAAGCUGUUGCCUGAGAACCCCACCCAUCCUCAGGCUUUCCAUCCCAUGUUGGACAAUGCAAUGGGGACCAGCUUCUUCCAGCGCAGUGCUAAGUUGGUCCAUGUGGUGCUGUGCGAAGGCCACAUCCUUGACAUCAAGACCACACCCAUGAUCACCCUCACCAGUGGCCUCAUGGUGAAGGAAGAUGAGUUUUAUGAGCAGAACGUGGUGUUGAAUCUGGCCAGCCUGUUUGAGGUAUCCCCAGACAACAUCAGGGUCAUCAGUGUUAUGCAGGAGCUCUCCUAGAGACAGCAGGGAAGGCUGGAGGCUGAAGUGGCCAGCGCUCACACUACAAGCCUGAAUGGCGAGGAGGAGGAGGGAGCAAUUGGUGGGGAGGUGAUUCCCUACAAGAAGCUGGUGCAGAGUCUGGAGAAGGCCGUCAAUAGAUUCCAGGAUGGAUCAUGCAGCAACUGUGCCUCUCUCUCUUGGUGAGUGACCCCAUCGAGCCACCACCCAAGGAAGCCCCUCCAAAGGCCACAGGGGAGGAAGGUAGUGUUGUCAUUCUGGAUGCCAAACUGUUCUACAAGCAGCAGGAGAAGGAGGUGGCAGAGAAGAUCAAGGAGAGCCUGGCAGUGACUGAGUAUGCCAAGCCAUCCAGUGCAUUGGUGCUGAGUGGUGUGUCCAGCAGUGUGGUGUAGUACACAGUGUUUGAAAUGCAGCUGUCCUUUACUGUGCUGGAUACAGAGGCCAGACAUUUGUGGGCAAACUGCUGGCAAAGACUGCUGAGGGACACUUUGAGGUUAUCCAGAGGUAUGCCAAGUAAGAAACAGAAGAGAAUGUUACAAGGAGGAGGCAGCAGGCACCUGCCAAAAUGAUAAUUACUCCCAGUGAGGUCUAAAGCACUGGAUGAUGGGGUGCUGUGAACUUAUCAUUAAACGCAGCUGUGACCUCACUGAAUGUUUCCCUUUGUGUCUCACAAGAAAAGGGGACAGUCACAGCCUGCUCUCUAAAGACAACUCUCUUCCUUCACACAAAACUACAAGCAUCUAAUUACACACA